AAACGCUGACUCUCUUGCAAGACACCUACUCUUAAAAGUGAUUUUACUCCAUCAAUUCCACCAUGAAAUUUAUUCUGAUUGCUCUCUUAGGAUUUAUGGCUAUCGUGACUAGCCAGCCCGUCGAUGAAGCUGGUGCUCCGCAUGGAAUUCCAGCUGAAGGAGUUGCCGUUGAAGCGGAACCUAUUCACGACAUGGAGGGCAGUGAGGCUGGUUUGAAACUUAUCGAACACAAGUUGGAACAUUGGCUGAAGAAGUGCUACAAAAAGGGAGGCUGCGGAUCCGGUUAUGGAUAUGGUGGAUACGGUGGAUAUCCUGCGUAUCCAUAUCCAGUUCCCGUUUACACUCCCGUUUACACUCCUGUUUAUCACGGCGGUUAUGCCGCACCGUACGGUGGUGGUUAUGGGGGAUCUCAUGGCCUUUACGGCGGUGGUUAUGGGGGAUCCCAUGGCCUUUACGACGGUUACGGCGGUUAUGGUGGUUAUGGCGGUUACGGAAGCGGAUACGGAUACGGAAGAUAAAUUGAAAAAAAGUGA